AUGGAGACGGUGGGCGCGGUGGGCAGCAGCGGCCCGGUUCCCAGCAUCGCUGAACUGCUCUCGCUGGCCAACGCCCCGAACACGACAAAGUUGAUGGCGCUGAAUUUGCUACCGCGCGGCAUCACCGUUGUGUGUGGCUCCUCCACCUCACCAAACGACGCGCGACGGCUGCUGCUACUACACCUGCUCGACUGGAUCCCGCCGGAGGAUCCCGCCUCCCCCGGUGAGGGAAGCACGACGUUUGUGUACACGACGUGUGAGCAGGUGGAGCGUGCGGUGGCUGUAGAGGUGCUCCACAACCAGCGGUCGCGUGCCGUCACGCUUUUGCGGCGGCACCAGCAGCUCAACCCGGCGUACGCAACGAUCGCACGACUUCUGGAGCACCCAGAUGUUAUUUCCAGCACGCUCCGCGGCGGUGCGAGGGAGGUGCGGGAGUGCUUCCUGAAGCAGCUGAGCCCGUGGAUGCAGGUUGUAUUUUUGUACGACAUGGACCGAGCAAACAUCUACACAAACGUCGGACUGCCACUUUGGGAUCGUAUUGCCAUUGCUGUUAUCGCCGAGAGCGACACGGCACGGCUUGUUUCCAUCCUCAGUGGUGCAUUUGCACCGGAGUGUAGCAUGCUGCAGCAGCUAUUGCUGCUAGAAGGGAUUUCCGAGAGGACCUGCCCACUGAUGCAGAGGAUCGUCGACUGCACCGGGGACUUCCAGUUGGCUGCAUGCCUCUUUGCACGUAUUGGCACACGUUCUGCGGCGCCAGUGCCUGCCGCAACCAACACAUCACUGCCUUUGGAUGUCAUGCUGAGGCGCCGCUUGGGUGCGACCGGGACGAUUGGCGCCAUACAAGCGGGCAAUGCCGCCUACCAAUGGGAGUUGUGGGCGGCCGCCUACCGCGCCUUUCUCAACGACGAGGGGGAGUUUGUCAAGCGCAACAUGUUUGACUUGGCUUGUCGUAAGUUGCACGAGCUGUACCUUUCGCAUCUAUCAAUGCCAACUACCCAGCAAGAGCAGCGGCAAGAACCAAUGGGGCAGCCACAGGCGCCGUUCCACUCGCGACCUUCUUUCCAACCGUCUCUCUCUGGCUCGUUACCUGCCGCAGAUGCUAGUGCUGCCACACCAGAGCAGCAUCUUAUUUCAUACCCUUUACUUUCUUCUGAUCACCGUCACUGUUCUGUGUGCUCCUCGCUCGUCUCCUUGCGGUGGCAGUGUGCCCUAGACAGUCUAGCAUGGUGCACUGCAUGUCGGCACGGUGGUCACGCAAAUCACCUGCAGGAGUGGUUUUUGACUCACCACAAGUGCCCGGUGUACGGAUGCAGCUGCCGUUGUGAACAAGUCGGAAUCGAACCAUGCGGAGACGACGGGCGACCUGUCCCUUCGUAG